UAGUUGUGGAGUUCGGCCGAGACGCGCUUGAGUGGGUCGUUUGUUGACGAUUUUCCACGCUCGCUGGUCCUGCCACAGACACCUCUGCCGCCAUGGGGAAGCGACAGCACCAGAAGGACAAGAUGUACAUUACCUGUGCUGAAUAUACUCACUUCUAUGGUGGCAAGAAACCAGAUAUCCCACAAACAAAUUUUCGUCGUUUACCUUUUGACCACUGCAGUCUCUCUCUGCAGCCCUUUCUCUACCCGGUCUGCACCCCUGAAGGCGUCGUCUUCGACUUGCUGAACAUCCUCCCUUGGCUUAAGAAGUACGGAACCAACCCCAGCAAUGGCGAGAAACUGGACGGGCGAUCCUUGAUCAAGCUGAACUUUGCAAAGAACAGCGAAGACAAGUACCACUGCCCGGUGCUGUUUACUGUGUUCACCAACAACAGCCACAUCGUAGCCAUCAGGACCACCGGCAAUGUCUACGCCUAUGAGGCAGUGGAGCAGCUAAACAUCAAGGCCAAGAACUUCCGAGACCUGCUGACCGACGAGCCCUUCUCCCGGCAGGACAUCAUCACCCUCCAGGACCCCACCAAUUUGGACAAAUUCAACGUCUCCAACUUCUUUCAUGUUAAGAACAACAUGAAAAUAACAGACCCAGAUGAAGAAAAGGCCAAACAGGACCCAUCUUAUUAUUUGAAAAAUACAAACACUGAGACCCGAGAGACACUGCAGGAACUCUACAAGGAGUUCAAAGGGGACGAGGUCCUGGCGGCCACCAUGAAGGUCCCAGAGAAGAAGAAGGUGGACAAGCUAAAUGCCGCCCACUAUUCCACUGGGAAGGUUAGCGCCUCCUUCACCUCCACCGCCAUGGUGCCUGAGACCACACACGAAGCAGCCGCCAUUGAUGAGGACGUGUUGCGCUAUCAGUUUGUGAAGAAGAAGGGCUACGUGCGGCUGCACACCAACAAGGGUGACCUCAACCUGGAGCUGCACUGCGACAUGACACCGAAAACCUGCGAAAACUUCAUCAAGCUCUGUAAGAAGCAGUAUUACGAUGGCACCGUCUUCCACAGAUCCAUAAGGAACUUCAUGAUCCAGGGGGGUGACCCCACUGGCACAGGCACAGGUGGGGAGUCAUACUGGGGCAAACCCUUCAAAGAUGAGUUCAGGCCCAACCUCUCACACAAGGGCCGGGGCAUCCUCAGCAUGGCCAACUCGGGGCCCAACACCAACAAGUCUCAGUUCUUUAUCACCUUUCGCUCCUGCGCUUACCUCGACAAGAAGCACACCAUCUUCGGACGGGUUGUAGGGGGCUUUGACACACUGACGGCCAUGGAGAAUGUGGAGAGUGACCCCAAAACCGACCGCCCUAAGGAGGAGAUCCGCAUUGACUCCACCACGGUGUUUGUGGACCCUUAUGAGGAGGCCGAUGUUCAGAUCGCCGAGGAGCGGAAAAAGACACAGCUCGAGGAGGCCGCCCCAGAGACCACAGUGAAGAAAAGCCAGCCCAAGUCAGGGAGCCAGGGCCCCCCGACGUACCGCCAGGGGGUGGGCAAGUACAUCAACCCGGCAGCCACGAAACGUGUAGCGGACGAGGAGCCAUCAACCAGUGCAGCUGUCCCCGUGGCCAAGAAAAAGCCCAGCCGAGGUUUCACGGACUUCAGCUCAUGGUAGCGGCGGCAGGCCUGCUGCUCCGGACCCCGGUAGGGACGCGGUGCUGGGGCUCGAGGUUUCUGCCCUUGUGAGCCUGCCCUUUGGGCGGCGACUCAGUAAAGCACUGGUCUUGUGCCUGGGUCCCCUCUUGUGACCCUGGGAGCCCGGGGGCUCCCUCACGCGGCGCGGAGGGCGCCGGCCCCGUCAGCAGGCCUGGGCGCAGCCAGAGCCUGCGUCCUGACCAGGCCCUGGGUCCGGAAGAAGCGCUGUCGUCUCCUGACCCCAGUUUUCUUCCCAUCACCACCCACUUCUAUCGUCUUUUUGGGGACCAUCGACUCAGUGUGGUCCCCAACCAGCAGUGUUACCUGGAACCUUGUUAGCAACAGUCUCAGACCCCAGCUCUUGCAACCCAGAGGGUAGGGUGGGGCUCUGAGGCCUGUGCUUUGAUGACUGUUGGACUAGAACCUUGAUGUUACUUCCAAAAAACUUCCCUGCCACGUCUUGCUUGGGUUUGUUGAGUCCACCCCAGCAAGGACCGUGGGCGGUCAUAGCCCUGCUCCGCGGCAGCCGCCUGCUCCGGCCACCCUGGCUCUGGGUGCUACCUCAGGCCCGCCCACCUCUGUGCCUCAGGAUGGCCAUGGGCCCACGCGUGGGUGAAGACAGCUGGCUCCUGAUGGCCGUGCCCCCUCGCCCACCGCCUUUCCGCUCCUGUGCUCUCAAACAGCGACCUUCAGCCCCAGCUCUCCGGGCCAGCCGUACCAGCAUUUGCUCACUUAAAAAUCCCUUUCCUGAUCCUAUAAAUGUCUUUAAAAAACCGACUCCUGGCCGUCCGGCCUUGUUUCCUGUUCACCGUGCAGCCCGUGCCAGCCUGACCUCCAUGCUCCUGACCCAGGCAC